AGGCACCUCUUGACGGGUUUUCAAUAAGUGAAGGAGAGAGAGAGAGAGGCCGAUCUGUAUUUCGUGCGAAGGGGGGGAAAACAUUUUUCCUUUUUUUUCGUUCCUUGUCAUUGAAGAUCUACCGUACGGUAUACAAGGGCUAAAAAUCUUAGUCGUCCGUGUGCACGAGCGCAUUCGAGAAGGCGAAGAGAAAGAGAAAGAGAAAGAGAAGAGAAAGAAAGAAAGAGAGAAAAAGUCAGAGAGAGAAAGAGAGCGCGCGCGAGCGAGCGAGCGAGCGAGCGAAAGAGAGAAAGAGAGCGAUAAAGGAAAAGAUGCUCGAUCGUCGUCGGGUUUCGUCGGUUCUCGACGCCUGACGAGGUCGCGCUCAUCGUCUCCGUCGUUCGUCGGCGAAAAUGAAAGAAGCUCGUCGUCGUCUCUACGAGCAGCUGAUGGCGGCCGAGUGCCGUUCGAGCCUCCUCCGACGUUUCUCGCGUGCGCGUUCCUAGUGUGUGAGUGCGUUCAUAUUAUUAUACAAAAUUCACGGAGGAAAGUGCCGAGAGACGACGCUUGCCGAACAUAGGAAUAUAAAAAUACGACUCGUGUUAAAAACGCCGCGUACCUGUGCCCCCCUGUGCAUAUGAUCUAGAAACAGAAAGAGAAACAGAUAGAAAGAACGACAGAGCGAGAGAGAAAGAUAAAGAGAACAAGAAGGAGAGAUAGAGAUAGAGCGCGAGAGAGAGAGAGAGAGAGAGAGAGGGAAAGGCAGAGAGAGAGAGAGAGAGAGAGAGAGAGAGAUAGAAGAAAAGAGACGCUUUUCGUACGGACAGAGACCGCCCCUGGCUCGCGCGAGCUAUUUCGUAACGGUGCUUCGUACAGCCAGAGUCGACACGCAAGCACGACUGCUCGGUAAGAAUCCCCCGCCCCCGCCUCCCCCCAUCAUCGGCCAUCCGCCAUCUCCCCCGUCCUCUUACGGCCUCCUCUUCAAGAGAGGAGUCUCCUAUUCGAAUCCGCCGGUGCUCUCUGUAUUUUCCAUCUAAUUCUUCGAUUCUCCGUCGAGAGAGCAAACCGGUGAGAGCGCUGCGUGCGUGAGAAAGAGAGUGUGUAAGUGUGUGCGCGUGUGUGUGUGCGUGCAUAUAUGUGUAUGUGUGUAAGAGAGAGAGAAAGAGAAAGAAAGAGAGAGAGAGCAACGAUUUGUAUGUGGUGGCGUGUGUGUGCGUGUUUUAGAUAGAGUGAGAACGUAGUAGUGGGAGGAAGAUAGGAAGAAGGGUUAAUACGUGUAUGCGUGCGUGCGUGCGUGCGUACUUUGCGUCCGUGCAAAAGAGUAAGAAAGGAGAAAGAGAGAGAGAGAGAAUAAGUAAGUAAAGAAGGAAGGGAGGGAGGAGAGACCGCCGACCACCCUUCGCUCGCAGGUAGCCUAGUUCAUUAUCCGCUCGUAGUGAGCAAAAAUAAUUUACGGACGACGCUUCGGUUUUACGGUGUAGGUGGAGAAGCCUCGACACAUAAGAGGGGAAACACACAGGGCGUGCGUGGCCUCCCCUUCCCCCGCGUGUGACAACGCCUAACGAGAAGGAGAAAGAGAGAUAGCGCGCGCGCGCGCGCGUUCUCUCAAAGUAGAAAGAGAGAGAGAGAGAGAGAGAGAGAGAGAAAAACGAGAGCCUCUUUACUCGGGACGAGAAAGAGAGAGAAAGAAAGAAUACGACGACGCACGACGAUACGACGAGUUGCCGGCGGUAAGCGAGAGCUUCGAGCGAGAAAGAGAUACAGAGAGAGAGAAAGAGAUACAGAGAGAGAGAAAGAAAUAAAGAGGAGUUAUAUAGAGAAGAUAGAGAUAUAUAGAGAUAGAUAAAGAGAGAGACAGAGAGAGAGAGAGAGAGAGAGAGAGAAAAGAUUCCUUCCUGGACGGAUUUAGAUGUUCGAGAAGUAUUAACACAACGUCCACCUCAUCCAUUCUCGUCGUCAUCAUCAUCAUCAUCAUCAUCAUCUUCUUCGGUUAGCUCUCAAUGGAUCUAUUCGAACAGCGACACCCAUAAUCCAUCGACACGUCGACAUCUCGAAGGAAAGAUAUCUUUCCUCGCCUAUACCACCCCCUGCAUUACCUCCCUUCUCUCUUUUCCUCUUCUCCCGGUUACCACCUUCUUCUCUUCUCUUCUCCUCUCCUCUCCUAAUCUCCUCUCCUCUCCCUCUAGCACCGCGGCGGGCGCGUGCUAUGCACGACCGAAACGCGACCGUCGACCUUCUCUGCCGCAGGAACGCGUGAACAGUAGGUUACCGUGUCCAGGUAUACCACGUGCUCUCGAUUCGCGUUAGUGUAUUCUACUACCUACGUUACUAAUAGUGUACGUACGUGUACCGUGUACGUGUGUGAGCGUGAGUGUGUAUGUGUAUGUGUGUGGUAGGUGUACGUACGUGAACGUGCGUGCGCCGCGCGCGUGUCCUACUACGUGUGUGCGCGUAUAUGUGUAUAUGUGUGUGUCUGCUAUCUCUCUGUGUGUGUACGUACGUACGUGCGCGCGCGCGCGUGCCAUCGACAUCACUUAGAGAAGCUCAUCUACAUCCAUCCCCCUUCUUACCUGUUUUACUUAAUAUUGUGAAAGUGCAGUGAGUCGUAAUAUCGACGUAAACGUCCACGCGGAAUGCGGCCUCCUCGAGGUGGACGACGCCAUCGUCUCUAAUCGCCGUCGCCGCAAACGCCGCCACCGGCGUCGUCGAUCGUCGUCGUCGUCGUCGUCGUCGUCGUCGUCGUCGUCGUCGCCGCCGUCGUCGUCGUCGUCGUCGUCGAUCGUCGUCGUCGUCGUCGUCGUCGUCCGGUAAAUCGGGGCACGAACGUGUAAAGUACAAUCGUUCAAGACGACGACGAGUUAACCCUACAGAUACUUAGAGUGCCUCCGAGUACGAUUCCCAACAUGUCGUCAGGGACUUUCGUCGAUCGGAUAGAUCCCUUCGCUAAGCGAUCGCUUAAGAAGAAGUCGAAGAAGUCCCAGAGUUCCUCGCGAUAUAGAAACUCACAGGACGUCGAGCUACAACAGCUACCACAGCUCAAAGAUGUUACACCGUCAGAGCAAGAAGAUUUGUUUAUUAGAAAACUUCGGCAAUGCUGUGUGGCGUUCGAUUUUAUGGAUCCGAUGGCGGAUCUCAAGGGGAAGGAAAUUAAACGCAGUACCCUCAACGAAUUGGUGGAAUACAUCACGGCUGGACGAGGCGUUCUUACCGAACCUGUUUACCCAGAAAUUAUCAAGAUGAUAUCAGCGAAUCUUUUCCGUACGUUGCCACCUAGUGAAAAUCCAGACUUUGAUCCAGAAGAAGAUGAUCCAACAUUGGAGGCGAGCUGGCCCCACCUUCAGUUGGUUUAUGAAUUCUUUCUUCGCUUUCUCGAGUCUUCAGACUUCCAACCUGCCAUUGGCAAGAAAGUUAUUGACCAAAAAUUUGUUUUACAAUUAUUGGAAUUAUUCGACUCGGAAGAUCCUAGGGAAAGAGAUUUUCUUAAGACCGUUUUACAUCGUAUUUACGGCAAGUUCCUUGGUCUUCGAGCGUUCAUACGCAAACAAAUUAAUAACAUUUUUCUGAGGUUCGUCUAUGAGACGGAACACUUUAAUGGAGUAGGCGAACUUCUUGAAAUUCUUGGUAGCAUCAUUAAUGGAUUUGCUCUACCUUUAAAAGUAGAACACAAACAGUUCUUGAUUAAGGUAUUACUACCAUUACACAAAGUGAAGUGUUUAUCGCUCUAUCAUGCACAGUUAGCUUAUUGCGUUGUACAAUUCUUGGAAAAAGACGCAACCUUAACGGAACCAGUUGUACGAGGCCUCCUUAAGUUCUGGCCUAAGACAUGCAGCCAGAAGGAGGUUAUGUUCCUUGGUGAGAUUGAGGAAAUACUUGAUGUCAUAGAACCUAGCCAAUUUGUUAAAAUCCAAGAGCCUUUGUUCAGGCAAAUCGCACGUUGCGUAUCCUCGCCGCAUUUCCAGGUCGCAGAGAGAGCAUUGUACUUCUGGAAUAACGAGUAUAUAAUGUCGCUAAUCGAGGAAAAUAAUCACGUAAUAAUGGCGAUCAUGUUCCCCGCAUUGUAUAAAAUUAGCAAGGAGCAUUGGAAUCAGACGAUCGUAGCACUUGUUUAUAAUGUACUCAAAACGUUUAUGGAAAUGAACAGCAAGCAAUUCGAUGAACUUACUGCCAGCUAUAAGUCUGAAAGGCAAAAAGAAAAGAAAAGGGAAAAGGAGAGAGAAGAAUUAUGGAAAAAAUUAAACGAACUCGAAAUAGAGCGACGCGGUGCACUAACAGAAACAUCCAACAAUUCUGUUCCUGCCACGACUGCACCAGCGACGCGAACCCGCCCCUGAGCUAGUGGACAUACACUAUUACGCUGCCCAAUUAUUAGUCCUUAGUUUACGUCGAUUGUCCAUACACUACAAGCAAGAAAUUAUCGUUGUUAGAAAAAAAGAGGCAGAAGGAAGGAAAGAAAAAGAAAAGAAGAGAGAAAAAAAGAAACAAAUAUCUCACGAUGGCAUUCUUGACGUAAAAUACAAUUUCUUUCGUUAGAGUCGCGCCCGGAAGGCAAAAUGGAGUUCGUAAAUAAAAAAAAAAAAAUAUAUAUAUAUAUAUAUACAUAUAUAUAUAUGAAAGAAUGAAAGAAAGAAGAAGAGAAGGAAAAGGAAGGAGUUGUGAAGGAAGAAAGCAGAAAAUCGCAAUUGUAUUGUUCUCUGACGCCAUGAUGAUGAUUGAUGAUGAUAAUUUUUAAUAAUUUUAUUCUGUGUACAUUAAUGUUUAUUUUUCUUUUUUUCGGAUGAAAAUCAGCAAUCAUUUAAGUUGUAUAAUGUACUUUCAGUGUCAGCACAUAAUACGAGGAUGAUAUAUUAGUGUGUCCCCUUCUUAAAGCUAAGAUUUUCAGCUGUGCUCGGUUGGAGGGGACGAUCGGGAUGUAAAUUUGAAUGAAUGCAGCAGUAUCGUUAUGAACCUUGUUUAACCUCCUACCCAAAAACCAAAUCGACCCACCUACUCAUACCCCCUUCCUCUACAAUUAUUUUUUUUUUUAUUUCUCUCUCUAUAUAUAUAUAUAUAUAUAUAUAUAUCUUUCUCUCUCUCUCUCUCUCUAUCACACACACACACACACACACACAACACAAACUAUCUCCUUUCUUUCUUUUCUUUUCGACGUGACAUUGCACUUUGGAUUAUAAAUAAUGGCUAGUGUCUCGUUCGCCUGUGACUGACUCUGACUUUUACUAUGAUCCUCACCUCCGACGGAGCCAGCGGGGGAGGGGGAGCGUUGUUUGAAAAUGUAUCAUAUAUUCGUAUUAAUGAUGAUAAAUAUAACAAAACGUAAUAAAUUAGGUAAAUAUAUAUAUAUAUAUAUGUGUAUAUAUAUAUAUAUGUGUAUAUAUAUAUAUAUAUAUAUAUACAUACAUACAUAAAUAAUACAAUAUAUUAAUAAAAAUAUAGUAAUAUUGAUGAUACAAGAAAAAUUACGCACUCGUACAUACAACAGAAAUAUACCAAAAGCGGCAAUUUUAAUAAAAACGCGUGUAUUAAGCAUAUAUACGUAUUAUAUACAUACGAACUUCAUGCGCUACCGAAGAAACACUAAUGUUGUUUACGCAGACUGCAUGCAUGCACGCACGCACGCACGCACGCGCAGCAACUAAAUAAUGGAACUAACUUUUUUCCACGAACGAAAGGAUCUUAUUGAGACGAUAUAUGCAUAAGAACAGCAUAUCCAAGAACGAUAUAUAUAUGUAUAUAUAUAUAUAUAUAUAUAUAUAUAUUAUAUUGACGAUAAAUCGGGGAAAGGGGAGGGAGGUCGAUCCGCCAAAAAAGAGAUACGUAAAAAACAUGACAAAUUGCAUUUCUACCACCAUGUAGGACCAGUAGAAUUCAUUACUAAAACAUUGAAGUUAUAAUAAGAAUAAAACAACGUAUGGAUAAUAUAACAUGUCUGCUGCAGGGAAACAUAGACUUGGAAGAAGCUGCCUCAAACAGUUGUUUUACCUCAGCUUAAUUAUGCUAGAAAUGCACGAUACGUAAAAAGAAAGAAAGAAAAAAAAACUAUGCAAACGUGAGAUGCACUGUGAUAGUUAACAAACAAAACCUAUCAUUAAACAACUGUUAUUGAUAGUUA